AUGAAGACAGUUAAUUGUUACGUGCUCUUACUUUGCUGGAAAGCGAUUUGUUGCAAUAGCUGUCAGCUCACCAAUAUCACUAUAGCAGUGGAAAGAGAAGAAUGUGAAUUCUGUAUUACAGUGAAUGCCACGUGGUGCUCGGGAUACUGCUUCACAAGGGAUCCAGUAUACAAAUAUCCACCAGUAUCAUCCGUUCAGCAAACAUGUACCUUCAAGGAGAUUGUGUAUGAAACAGUGAAGAUCCCUGGCUGUGGCGACCAUCCAGAAUCUUUUUAUUCAUAUCCAGUAGCUACAGAGUGCCAUUGUGAGACCUGUGAUACCGACAGCACUGACUGCACUGUGAGGGGGCUGGGGCCAUCCUACUGUUCCUUCAGUCAGAAUGGAAGUAACCAAUGAAGGGUACUUGACACGGCAGUUUGGCUUUCAUUGUUCACUUCUAAAAAAAGGUACUGAUUGGGCUUAAGCGGAAGAUAAUAGGCAAGGCUAUUCAGAAACUGCCAAGAUUGAAACAAAGAUUUUUAAGGGCAAAACGGAGAGCUACUGACUAAAAUUCUCUUCAGGCCUUCCCUACUUAUCCCAUCAGUAUCCUUAAAAUCAUUUUCAUACGUCUAUAGAAUGCUGCUUCUGAUUCCUUCUGCCCUUGCCUUUUCUUCUCUACGACAACUUCAUUCUUUAUAUUCCUGUAUUUCCACUGCCUAGUUCACUUAGGAUACUCUAUGCUAUCCUACACUUUCAAAACAUUCCCAAGUUCCAAGUCUUUAUUAGCCACUGCUUUCCAUCCCUCCUCGGAACGCACUUAAAAAGCCUUACAGCACUGGUU